AUGGCUGUGUUUUUCAUAAAAAUUGCUAUAACCGGGGUGCUUUUAGCUGCUGUUGCUGCAAAUGAAGAGAAUAUAAAAGCAAGGCUGAGUCAGUUUGCAAAAUGAUUGAAAAGAAAGCUGAAAGGAAAAGAAGCUAAAGUUUCAACUAAAAGAGGACAUAACCCUGAAACUGAGAAUGAGGCUGAAGGGAUGGAAGCUUUGCUAUAGAAAUUUCCCAUAGAUGGCGCUGUUUGCCCUUGAUUUGCCCACUGGAGAAAUUUUUUGGUUCGACCAGUACCAUGUGGUUUGGUCAAACCAAAAUAUUUUUCUCAUGGGCAAAUCAAGGGCAAACAGCGCCAUCUAUGGGAAAUUUCUAUAUGUCCUAUUUCUCAUGAAUUAAUGACAAACCCAGUGAUAACUCCAUAUGGGCACUGCUUCCAAAAAGAAUACAUUGAGCAGUGGCUUGAUGGUCAUGACUACUGCCCCUUAACACGACAAAAAUUAUUGAAAUCUCAAUUAAAGCCGUGCUACACGUUAAAGUAUGCUGUAGAUCAGUAUAUUAACUUGCAAGGCAAGAUUAAAUUUGAAUAA